GCGAUCCUCUGUAUGAAGAGAAAGAAAACCCAUAAGCCAAACAGAAGAAAAGUUUCUUACUUGGAACUCAGAAAAGUAGCUGCUCCUGCUGCUGCGGUUUUGCAAAGAGAAUCACGAAUUCCGAAUCCCUGAAUGGUGGGUUUUUGUUGGAUUAUGUUUUUUUUUUUCUGGGAGGGAAACGGAAGGGAGAGAAGAGAGGAGAUAGAAGAGAUGUGUUGUGAGGAGGGGAAGGUAGUUCAGGGAUGGCAUUUAUAAUGCGGGUAGAGCACCAUUACGCCAGUCUUCUUCUCCCACUCAACUUCUUCCUUCCCACGGGUUUGUUUUCCUUCUGUUUCCUAAAGGUUAUUGUCCGUCUUUCUCUUGUUUCCUUUUCUCACCUCGCGCAAUUAUUUUCUUUCUAUGGCGUUCUUGUCAGGUUUUAUUAGGGAUGGUGAUGUGUUUCAGGUUUCGAAAAAGGGGAGGUAAGUUGAUUGGGGUUAUCUGUGAAAUUUUACCAUUCAGAGGAAUAAUCCUCUUGAUUGAGGCAGGAUAAGAAAGGUAUUAAUCUGGGUUAUUGCUCCUUUUUUAGCUCUGAAUGCUGUCGUGCUACUAUGUUCUGGGUUAUUGCUCAAUUGUGGGAGAUGAAGCUUAAGGCUACGAACCUAAUUAAUUAAUAUAUAUGGAUGAGAUAUAGGAUGUGUUAGGACUUGGGAAUUGUUCAAUUGUAUUGGCAGCUGUAGGCUUCUCGUUGUUGUUGGCUAAGACUAUAUUGUGUAGCUCUGCGAUUUGAUGAGAGCACUAUGAAAUGAUGUCUGCCAGAGUCUAAUUGUCUUCUGUUUGCGUCAGUCUGAAAACUUGUGUAUUAUUUGUGUUUUACAAUUUUUACUCUUCGAUUGUGUAAGUACGGCUGCUGUUGCAUUUGUUGAUGCUUGUUCUGGGAUUUCUGAGUAUCCAGUCUCUCUGUUAAAUCUCAAUUGUGUCGACGCUUGAAAUGCUCGAGAAAAAGGAGAAAGUCCUUGUCAAAAAAGCUUCUCAUGAAGUUGGAGAAGUCCAGAGAGUGUACACGAGGAAACAAAAAGGGGUAGGAGAGCAUCAUGCAUUUGUAAUGCUUCAAUAUAGUAUAGAUGGUUUGAUGAUGCAAUUGCAUUUGGCUUGUCAACUAUGUAUGUUAUACGAUAGACCAGCAGCAUCCAUUUGCCUAUUGUGAGUUUUUGUAGGGUGUUCAACCUGUGUGUCUGCACAGGAAAGGAAGAGUCUUUUAUUUUUCACGGAUGUUCUCACUAUAUCGACGUGUAUUGUUUGUUGGAUUGACACUUAAACUAUGUGUAGACUCGAGGGGUAUGCGCUCUUGCUGAUGAGUACUGUUUUCUGUAGCUUCCGUACAGUCCUUGAAACGGAAGAGGUUGUAUGAACAGCCAGUAGAACAGCUAGGAAAUUACCAAUUGAGGAUUCAUGAUCAGGUGACCUAUUUUUCCAGUGUAUGCCACAUUUGAUGUAUGAGCAAGCUCUAGUUAUUGGUGUGUUAAUCUUAUGUUACAGAUGAUAAUGAUAAUUUUUAGAGGGCGCAAAAGCCACUACUGAAAUUGUAGAUGCAUUGAGAACGGGAGCAGCUGCAACGAAGGCAAUGCAAAAUACAAUCGUAUGCAGAAUUUUUUUUAUCUGAACUUUAUGUCUAUGUGGAGAGAUAUUGUUUAAUAAGUUCAAGAAUAUCUGUGUAAUGGUUGUCUUGAUUACAGGAAUAUUGACGACUUAGACUAGACCAUGGAUGAAGUAAAUGAACAAUCCGAGAACAUGAAACAGAUUCAAGCAGCAUUGCCAACUCCAAUUGGUUCUACCGCUGAUUUCAAUGAAGUUAACAUGGAUGAAUAUUUAUCGGUUCUUGCUUACCGUUACUGUUUGUGUAAUGAAAGACUAAAACACUGGUUGCUCUGCAGGGUGAAUUGGGGGUGGAACUUAAAGAAUUCGAAGGCGCUGAGUUGGAAGAGCAGUUUCUACAACCUGCAACCACAGCUCCUGCAGCUCCAGUUCAUGCAACUGCAGGCAAACAGCGUGCUCGUCCUGUUCAGUAAAGGAAGAAUACCGAGGAAGAAGACAAACUUGCUGCUUUACAGGCUGAAAUGGCGCUCUAAAGCACAAAGAAACUGCAGAUAGUGGUGCACAUGAAGUGAGCUGUUAUGGAAAUAGGAUUUUCUCUUUUACAGGUUAUGAAAUCAUGAAGAGUAGGCACCUGUUGCACCAAUCCUGUGAUCAAAUUACGCGUUAGCUUGAAUUUGUUUGCUUUAACCGUCUCCAUAAAGUGCAGUCAAUAUGGGGGAGGUUUUUGGAGCCCAAACUAUCUGCACUUACUGGUAACUGGUGUUUGGUUGGGGAAUUGUUAUUUACAAUAGUAUAUUUUUUUCCUUGAAUAAUAGUAUAUUUAAGUG